AUGACUUUCGUUGCCGGAUUAUGGCGCUGCGCUCUUACUUUUGCGUCGCAGGCGCUUCUCAUCGUCAACUUCCUUGUCGGGAUGUUCCACAACAUCUUCAAGUAUUACUGCCACUACACUUAUGACUUUCCUUGGACCAACAAACUGCUCUUGAACGACGCUGUUAUUGAUGCACUCUUCGCAGCUUUCGCCGUCCGCGAGAGAAACUAUCUGACUCCUUUUUGCCUUGACCGAAACAAGUGCACCGACGCUCGUGGCCCGGCCAGCCGCGAUGCACUGCAACGGCUGCCAGUCGGACCCAAGCAGCCUGGCGUCACGAAGCAGUCCACGUCACCUCCCGCUGCUCCCAACGACAUUUCCAAGCUCGAUGCAGUUUUUGCUGUCAUUGACACAAAUGCCAACCAUUUUGGUAUCUUCCGGGGCCCUCCCGGGCCUGACGCACAAAAAUGCGAGCCAAUCGCUGCCGACCGAAAGACAAUCGCUGCAGGUCGACAGUGCUGCUACCCCAAACCCACGCCCUCGAAAUAUACUACCAACCAGAUUUUGAAGGAGCUGCACGACAAGCUCAACGGGCUGCCGCCAUCCAGAAGCGUGCCGGACGAGUCACUCACGUUCGAGUACCUUCUUCCCUUCAAGGGAGGAUUAGUUCUUAUCGGUAGUUCAAAAUCUGGCACUUCGUUUUGGGUUCAUGCCCCUACCACGCCCGGUCCCAGUGGUACCUCGGGUGGUGGUCGUGGUAAGGGCAGUCGCGGCGGCCGUGGUGGACGAGGCACUAAUGCGGGUGUUCGAGGAAGUCGAGGAGGUCGCGGUGGUCGCAAUCGUGGCGGGCUCAACGGCAGACUCAAUGGCACCGGCGGCGCAGGCGGAGACAACGGAGACAACGACGGCACUGGCAAUCACAACGACGACAACGACGACGUGGACGAAGGCCCGAUUAUUCACUACGGCUGCCCCUUCUUCAAAUUUGAUCCCGUCAGGCAUCUCCGGUGUUGGCGCAAAUACGAACUGCGCCGAUACUCCGAUGUCAAGCAGCACAUCAUACGCCGCCAUACCCUUCAGACUCUCUACUGCACAAACUGUUGGAGCACCUGGAAGAGUGCACAUUCAGCAAAAUGGGAAGAACACAUGCGAACAGCCUGUCAGCAAGUGCCUCAGCCAGAGCUUUUACUGCCCCGAGAAGCCGAAGCGCUGAAUGAACUUGCAUUUGGAAACGUCGACGAGGCGGAGAAAUGGUACAUGAUGUGGGAUCUUCUCUUUGUCAAUCAUCCCCGCCCCAUUUCACCCUAUACGGACUGCACCAUGGGGGAAUUUCUUAGGGAGAUCAAUAUCCGUGGCAAUGAGGUCCUGCAGCAACUGCUUACCUGGCAAGCACAUGCUGCCGCGAACGAUGCCCGGGCAGUGCAGGCACUUUUCCAAGGAAUUCAUGAUAUCUAUAGAGGUCCAUUUACUCCUCCGCAAGCGCAGAGGUAUAGGCGACAACAUGCUAUUGGUCAGCAGCAGCAGCAGCAGCAGCAGCAGCAGCAAUAUGCUAUUAAUCAGCAGCAACAACAGCAACAGCAGCAGCAGCAGCAAGGUCAACAGCCGCAACCUCUAUAUCUGCAGAAUCAGUACCCCCAAUACCCUCAAUACCCGCAGCACCCGCAACCCCAUACACCCCAACCGCCCCAGCUCCAGCCCCAGCCCCAGCCCCAGCCCCAGCCCCAGCAGGAGGACUAUGGUGAUUCAGAUCUCCCUACCUUUGAGCAGCAUCCUCAUGCAGCUGAAGAUAUGGACGAGGAUGAUAUGGAAAUGUUCCUCAACACAGCCGCCUUUGACUACAUAGCGCCCGAGAGCUUUCCAGGCCAGCCCCAACCACCCCCCGCGCCACCAGCGCCCCACGGAUUCUGA